AUGCAGCAUAAUUCUGGGGGGGGAAAGCAAGAGAAGAGGGACAAGCGGCUGUUUGAUGUCGUGUCCUUCGGGAAGGACCUGUUUGCGGGUGGGGUGGCGGCAGCGGUGUCCAAGACGGCAGUGGCGCCCAUCGAGCGGGUGAAGCUGCUGCUGCAGGUGCAGGCGUCGUCCAAGCAGAUCAGCCCCGAGGCACAGUACAAAGGCAUAAUAGACUGCCUGGUGCGGAUUCCUCGUGAGCAAGGGUUUUUCAGUUAUUGGCGUGGUAAUUUGGCAAAUGUUAUCCGGUAUUUUCCAACACAGGCUCUGAACUUUGCUUUUAAGGACAAAUACAAGCAAAUCUUUAUGUCUGGAGUUAAUAAAGAAAAACAGUUUUGGAGGUGGUUUUUUGCAAACCUGGCUGCUGGUGGAGCUGCUGGGGCAACAUCCUUGUGUGUAGUAUAUCCACUAGAUUUUGCCCGAACUCGAUUAGGUGCUGACAUUGGAAAAGGUCCUAAUGAACGGCAAUUCAAGGGUUUGGGUGACUGUAUUAUAAAAAUAGCAAAAUCAGAUGGAAUUGUUGGCUUAUACCAAGGAUUUGGUGUUUCAGUUCAGGGCAUCAUUGUAUACAGAGCCUCUUAUUUUGGUGUUUAUGACACAAUUAAGGGAUUAUUACCAAAACCAAAGGAAACCCCAUUUCUUAUUUCUUUUUUCAUUGCUCAAAUUGUGACUACCUGCUCUGGAAUACUUUCAUAUCCCUUUGACACAGUUAGAAGACGCAUGAUGAUGCAGAGUGGUGAGUCUGAACGGCAAUAUAGAGGAACGUUGGAUUGUUUUCUGAAGAUAUACAAACAUGAGGGAUUCAAAGCAUUUUUUCGUGGUGCCUUUUCCAAUAUUCUUCGUGGUACAGGAGGUGCUUUAGUGCUUGUAUUAUAUGAUAAAAUUAAAGACUUCAUUAAUAUUGACAUUGGAAGUAGUUCAUGAGGAGAUUAA